UGAGGAUGAGGAGAUACUUCCGGGUUAUUGAUCGACUGAAAGCAUACACGCAGACUACAUGAAGUUACCGGUAUUUCCAGGUUUGCCGCUUCCCACUUGUCUUCAAUAGCCCUCCGAUUAUCUCAAGAUGUUCAAGACUUAGUUGGUAACGGAAGGAAGCCAAGACAUCCACGACUGUGCCAUGAGGACCGAGGCUGUGCUGCGAUCUCCGCAUGACGCUUCGUCGAGACGGGUCAGCUGGCAUGUCUCUGGUUCAGCUUACUAGGUCGGGGGUGGUCAUGGGGGCGUCAGGGUUGGGACUGUUCCUCGUGUUCCUGGUCGUGCAUUCCGGCCGCCUGACCCUGCAACACCAGGCCGGGUCGGACAUCAACGUGUCCAGCGACAGGGAGAAUGGGCUCAUCCAGGAGGUGUGGCAGCGCGAGCGGGCGCGGCCGGGCAGGAGCCAGAUUCUGUACGGCGUGAUGAUCGACGCUGGCAGCACCGGCAGCCGCCUGCACGUCUUCAAGUUCAGGAGGAACAGUGAAGAUGAUAUCACACUGGUGUCGGAGAAGUUCGAGUCCAUCAAGCCAGGACUCUCCUCGUACGCCGACGAUCCCGAUGAGGGUGCUGCCAGUAUACGUGGUUUGGUGCAGAUCGCCCAGGAAGUAGUGCCUGUUGCCAUGCAGAGGACCACGCCCUUAGCGCUGAAGGCCACCGCGGGGCUGCGCAUGUUACCCGAGGCCAAGGCUCAGACACUGCUGGAUAAGGUGCAGGAAGUGUUUGAGGCGUCCCCUUUCCUGGUGAGGAAGGACAGUGUUGUCGUCAUGAACGGCCUAGAUGAAGGUCUGUUUGCGUGGUUCACUGUCAACUUUUUGAUAGGCGCCCUCGGGUCUAAAGAGAAGCACUCAACCAAAGGAGCUUUAGACCUGGGAGGGGGGUCCACACAAAUCACAUUUUCUCCUAGGGACAAGGAAACUCUCCGGUCGUCCCCUGAGAGCUUUGUGAGGCCCGUUACGAUAUUCCACAAGACGUAUAUGCUGUAUGUACAUAGCUAUCUGGGUUUUGGGCUGAUGGCGGCCAGGCUGAGAAUGAUGGGAAUGGAGACGGAGGACAUCAACAGAAGAUCCGUCAAGGGCAGCCUGAGAAGUGCCUGUCUGCCUGCAGACUUCCGGGGGGCCUUCGAGCACUCAGGCAUGGAGUACCCUGUGUCAGGGCUGCCCGAGGGAGAGGCCGGGUUCGGGGCUUGUUGGGCGGCCGCGCUGGCGAUGGUCAGCAGACGGAUCCACCAGCCAGUCCUGAGUUCGGCCUCAUGUGAUCAGAUAGGGCCUGACUCGCACAAUGUUUGCCAAUCCAAACAGCCAGCUCAGAAAACUUGUUUAUAUUCUCAAGAUGAAGUCAGACAAGAACCAUUCUAUGCAUUUUCCUACUACUUUGACCGAGCGAAAGAGUCUGGCAUGAUAGGUGAAGAAGGUGGAAGCUUGAAGGUUUCCAAGUUCAAGCAGAGAGCAGAAGAAGUGUGCAGAAAACCACUGCCAGAGUACCCGUUCAUGUGCAUGGACCUGUGCUACAUCAGCGCACUCCUACAGGAGGGCUUCGGCUUCAACCCCAACAACGUGCUCAUGCUGAGGAAAAAGAUAGACGGUGUUGAGACGAGUUGGGCGCUGGGAGCGACAUUCCGUAUGCUCAGCUGAUGAUCCUCUAGUGCAGGAGCCUGCAUUCAACUUCAGAACUGUAUAGCACCAAACAACGCAGGACGUGUUCAUUCUCUGAUUCCCUUUAAAGCUGUGAUAGACAGCAGAAAAUGCCAGUUCUCUGGUCCUACUUCUGGAUGUCAGGAGUUCCCCUGGAUGUGUUGCUGGUCCCGAAACUGCUCAGUAACCAGGAGUAAAACGAAGAGAGACGUUCAUCAUUAAGAAAUCUGGAGACACUUUGGACACAUUUGUCCCAUGAGUGCCAAAGCCCAGUUUUGGGGCGCCUCUGAUGGAAUCCUUGGUCCUGCCUGUGGCAUGUCACAAGAUCAUU